UUUGUAACUAACGUGAAAGCCAAUCAAAACACAAGGUCUUUGCUAUAUAAACCAAGGUCAAGGCAGAGAAGCGAUUCAUGCUGGAAUAAAAAGGUAGUGGACGUAGUUGUCGCAUUUCUGUCUGGUUUUUGUCCAUGUCCGUUAGCCAUCCACAGAAAAAUGGUCUUCUAUUACUUUUACAAGCUGCCAAGAAGUUGGAUGAAGAAGAAACAUUACAUCGGUAUUCCUAUAGUACAGAUAAGUGGGAACAUAGAUCUCAGAGAAAUUACGAUGAAACACAUUCAUCAUACUCCUGUCCUCACAGCUAUAGCUCACAAAAACGACCAGUCACAUCUGUGAGAUGCACACACAAUGAGCUUGAAAAAAGUCGCCGUGCACACCUUCGUACUUGUAUGGAGACCCUAAAAGAGCACUUAAAUUUCGAUAAUGACGUACCAAGAAUAACUAUGCUGACAGUUCUAAAAAAGGCAACAGCUACUAUACAACUUUUAAAACAGAAAAAGCAGUGUCUUGAGGUCUAUGAAGAUAGUGAGAAACAAAGAUGUGUCCAAUUGCUCAAACGACGCCAGGCUCUUAGAAAAAAGUUGGAGGAGAAAAGAAGUCGUUCAUUAAAACUGCAGAGUUGGAAAGAAAGAAAUCGCAACUGUUCAGAGUGUUCCAUUGCGACUACAUCUUCAGGUAAGAUUUGUUUCAUUGAACCGCUUUACAAUGGUUCCUAUGAUUCUAAAAUACUAUCUUAUUUCUUUAUAGACGAUUCUGAAAUGGAUUUACGAUCUGGUUCUUUAUCUAAUAUAACUACACCGUCUUUAAAUAACAAUACACAACUAUCCAAUACAGCAGCAGCGGGUCUCAACACAUGUGUUAAUGAUCCAAACUUUGUUUUACACAUAUCCAAACACAGAAGUCUCAGUUCACCCAUCGGUACUAUAAGCAGUUCACCUGUCGGUUUGGAUGCUUUCGAUGCAAGUAGUUCAGAUUCAGGAUUUGAGGAAAUCACUAUAUCUUCUAAUGGUGUUGUAUCUCCAAAUGAAAACUCACUAACUUAUUGUAUCAAUGAUAGAUCUCAAUGUGUGUCAUCAUAUUCAAGCAAGAUAUGCAGGGCUUGCUAAAUAUGUUCGAUUUGUACCCAAUCCUCUUGUUAUUUCCUUCGUCGACUGUUUGUUGUUCAUUCUACUCAGAAUUUUUUCAUUUGCGUGCAUCAUAGUCAAUGCUGCAAAUUGGACAUUUCGACGGCUUUCAGUCACAUCGUGCCAAUCAGUUUCCUCACAUUGUGUUCACUGAUAGUGCAGUUUAUUUAUGUGUUCAAUUAUCUGGUCUGGAAUUUCCGCUUUGUUAAAAAACAUUACUAAUUUGUAGCAGCUCGACGUUUAUCCUCUAUCAUCAUCAUACGUAUUCUGAACUUUAUUUAUUUUCAGUUCUCGGUAAGUAUUUACUGUCGCUGGUCAUGUCAAUUAGGUAGUGACUACGAGUUUUUAGAAACUAUUGAGUAAAUUGUAAUUGAUAUUUAGGACUGUUCUCAUACUUCUACCGACAUAUUAGUUUUAAACGCACAUUCCCUUUCCUGUUUUAAAUUAUCUUAAUCCUUCCCACUGUUGGUGCGUAAUGCAAACUGUGAUUCUGCUCUAUUUUGCAUUUUACUGAAUAAUAUUCGAGAGCCCUCAUAGUUGCCUGCUGUAUCUAGCAGAUUUUGAAUUAAACCGCUUAACAUAUUUCCCCGUUUAUCUAAUCCCUUCAACUUUAUUCGUUGUCGUAUAUUCCUCGAGUACUCACCUAAUAUUUCUGUGCGGAUGCCAGAUAUGUCUUUCAUGAAUGAGUCACUAUGCUUCUGAAUCUCGUGCUAUACACAAAUCACUGAAAUUUCUUGGACUGUCUCGUGUCUUUUCCAGCUUACAAGUCACGUGCAAUUUCGGCAGCGGCUUUAUAAUGUGCUUCGUGGGCAUAUGUAUGCCAAUAUGAACUUUGUAUAGUAUUUUUCUGCGAAGGGUAUACAUGCUUUUAAAGAUAAUCUGAUCAUCUAUCCAGCGUGGGUGCUUAAUGCACUUGCAUUAUUUUUUAGUGAUUUUGUCCAGUUUUUAACGGCAGCAAAUUUGCUAGCUGUGAUUGUUUGUACAUUUAAUGUUAGAAACCUUAUGUGUUGCCUGAUAUUCAAGUGACAAACUUAUAAAUCCUGAUUGAUCUGUUUGUAAAUAAGACAAUUCUUUCCUCAUUAAAGUUGUUAUUUCGAAAUAUCCCUACAAUGGCAGCUGUUUUAUUGUAAACGAAGUUUAUUUCCUAAAGGCAAUCUGCCAUGUUAAUACCCUAAUUUGCUUGUAAUAAUAUUGAUCCUUUUCAAAUUGUCUAUAUAUUGUCUGCUUUCAAUCUGUUUCAUUUAUGAUCCAUUUAAUUGGGUCUCUUAACAACUGAUCUCGUUCAAAUCAACCAUUUCGUCUUUUGCA